GUAAACAUGGCAACUUCUAAGCUCCAGUUGAUCAUCGUUAUUUGGCUGUUUUCGUAUUUAAAAGUGCAGAAAUGCGAGCCUGAAGAUUUACAGAUUACCGUUAGGAUUGACAAUGUGGACGAUUUGAAAAAGGUACGUGGAAAUAUGACGGGAUUAACAGUAAGAAACAGAAAUGUUUUUCGAGAAAAUAUACAAACUUUACCAACUGGAGCGUUCAAUGGUUAUCCGUACUUACAGCGUCUCACAUUGGACUUUGAAGAUCUACGGGGAAUUGAAACAGGUUCUUUUCAACACCUUGAACAUGUACGAGAACUUGUUCUGACAGUUGAGAAGAAUUUCAAUUCACUUCGAACUGGAAUAAGAACAUUUCAAAAUGGAAUACUCUCUGGAUUAACCUCAUUGAAAAAUCUGGACGCGUCAUGGAUCAAAUUAAAAUGCAUCGAAGGAAAUGUUUUCAAUGUGGUCAAGGAUUCACUUCAAACAUUAGACUUGAGUUACAAUAAUUUAGGAAAUAUAAACGCCACUUGUAAUUUGGUCGAAACGUUUUCCAGCCUUGGGUUUCUGCAGUACCUUGGCCUGGUCGGAAAUAACAUUAGUGUACUUAAGCUUGGGAUGUUUGCAGGAUUGACAGAGCUGAGACACUUAGACAUUUCCGAUAAUCCAAUUUCCCUGAUUCAACCUCGAGUGUUUACAGAUUUAAGUUCCCUAUCCACGGUUGAAUUUAGACAAAUUAAUGCGCCCACAAUAGAUGAUAAACGUUUGCAUCAUCUCUCCUCUGAGACAUUUGAAGGACUUGGUUUAGUUAAAUCAUUAAAAUUAAAGAACCGGGGCAUCAGAACGUUGGAUAAUGGAACAUUCAAUGGACUACUAAGUCUAAAAUUUUUAGACCUUUCCCAGAAUGACAUAACGGUUUUAGAAGAUGGAGUGUUUCAAAACCUUACUCAACUAAAUGUCCUCAUACUUGAAUACAAUAUGAUUCAACAUAUAUCAGAAAAUGCCCUUCUCCCCGUUCCGAAUAUAAAUGUUCUGAAACUAAAGGAAAAUCAGAUAGAGGGACUGCCACCCAUAUUUGUUCACACAAGAAAACUCAGGAUCCUUGACCUGAGAAACAAUAACAUUGUUAGUAUUCCACGUUUUGUUUCGAUUUCACAGAUUUUACUCCUUGGACUUGGUGGGAACAAGUUAGACUGUGGUUGUGAUAUUAAUUGGAUUGUACAAUCGGUGAAUCGUGGUAACAUCUCCCUCAUUUCUUCUGGGCAAACACUUUGUAGCACCCCCAUUGAAAGGGCUGGUCACCAGAUCACUGAAUUUCCAGAUCAAAACAAAGAAUGCUUCAAGGAAAACUCAAACAAUUCCCAUAAUGCACCUUGUUCAACAGACGACAUCGAUUGCGUUUCGACAAAAAGCAUCAUCUUCAUGACAACCGAACAAACAUUCACGGCAAAUUCGACAAACCUGACGACAGAUAUUGGUCAAACUAAAGAUCAAGUUCCAAAUAUAGCUAAUGUUACAAAGGAAAUAAAUGUACGAUAUAACCUGGAUAUACAAUAUGACCUAUUAAUUCCUCUUAUUGUGGUAGGCUGUAUAUCUGUCCUAAUGAUAGUGGGGGCUAUAGUAGUUAUUGCUAGGAGGAAAAUGAAUCAUAACAGCAAAGCAAUGAGCAGAGCAAAACAUGUUGAUAAUAUAAGGUAUUAUUCUAGCUCUGAGCCUCCAAGUGCAAGAACUGAUAUUACGGAAAUGGUAUACAAUGACACAUUAGUUGAUGGUGCGUAUAUAAUACCUAUUGCUUCAUCUCCAGAAAUGUUAAUUAGAGCACAAUAUGGAGAAGAUGGGUACAUGACGCCUAUUUCUACAUUUAAAAAAUCACUGGUGAACACACGACUUGAAGAACCCGAUGGAUACAUGUACAUGGGAAAACCCGUUGCUCCACCGGGGGUAUCAGGGGUGAAGGCUAAACGUGAACAACAUAAAAUAAAGGCCGAAAAUAAGCCUCGUGUUCCCGCAAGACAACCGGAGAGGAACACUUUACAUGCUAAAAGUCUACCAUAUGAGAUAAAUGAGAUCCACAAACGCCAGCAAAAGGAAGAUUUAGAAAAUGAUUAUGAUGUAAUAUAUUCUGAAAUUGCAGAUCAAGACAUGGAUGAAAACAAAUAUUUGACUAUUUUGGCAUAGCAGUCAUCAUUUCGUAUUUUGGGAUUCAUGUUGAUAUUUGUAUUUCUUAUCUUUGGACCUAGGUAUUUUUUACUGAGGAAGGGAGCUGUGACAUUUUACAAGUAUGCAAAGAUCAAGAUUGUUCAGAAAUAAGUUAUCGAUUUUAAUUGUGCCGCUGACAAAACGUGAUGCGUCACCGACUACAAAAUACAUGUUUAUGCAUUUCAAAUUUUCAGGUCUCGAGUAUCUCGAGACUCCAUCAUAUGAAUAUGUGCAUUUUUACAUACAUUAGCUUUCUGAAUUGGUCGAGAUGUACUCGCGAAUGCAACUUUCGACUGUCGGCUACCGGA